AUGAAUGCUGAAACGAGAUGGGAAAACCUCGUCCUGCUUAUUGACAGGCUAAGCCCCGACGACCCUCUCAAUCCCCGUCCAGUUUAUCGCUACAGCGGAUACCCCCGACGAAGCAAUUACGAUGGCCCGGCCGACCAACCUCCCCCCUCAACAGGUGAAGAAGCCCCCCUAUAUGAGAGGCUACGGACGAAUGGCGCUCACCUGGAGCGAGCGAUGGAAGAUCCGAGCGUGGCAUGCGGCGUCCGCAGAAACACGAUGACCCUUGAUGACCUUGAGAUCUCUGAUUGCUGGGAGGUUAAAAUAAGAACCACUAACCUUCUGCCGUACGGUUACGAAAAUAGCGACGUGGCCGAUCUUGAGCUUCCAGAGGGUCCUUUUAAGAAGUUCAGCAUUGAACUUCCGAAGAACGAGAGUGAUACGUAUCUCGGUACUACGUGGGUAGGCCUCGCCAAAGAAGGUGUUCUUUUCGUCGAACGUAUCGCGAGAAAAGGUCUCGGUCCCUACGCCUCCGAGCUUGGUAUCAUGGCCUACGAACGGGUCGCUGCAUUGUCGACUCUCAAAACUAUGUUUGUCGCCAACAUUGUGAAUCAAGAAACACGCCCUGUUGCCCGUACGAUCUGGCGUGGGCCCGAAUUCAAGACGUUUGAGCGAGGAUCUCCUGAGUUUCGCGCUUUGCUUGGUACCGGUAUUGGCAGGGUGGUAGCUUAUACCGUCCUGGGUGCUUUCGGUCAGGGUGUCAAACGGGUUUCUAAGAUUUCACUUUGGUGGAUUGGUCCGAGAGGGGAUUCCCUGCAGAUGCGCUUCGAUAUCGAGGAUGUUUGA